GACUACGAGGAACAGGAGGAUUCAUUGUGUUGCUUUUGUCACAGUUGAGGCAUCUGAGAGUGUUGGUUGGCAGCUUCUCCUUCUGUGUCGGGAUAAAAUCAAGAUCAGUCAAAAAAUCAAAAGAAACAAAGCAAUGGCUUUCCUGAGGAUCACACUUUGUGCUGCCUUCAUGUUGACUGUCGUGUUGUCUAAACCUGUCAGUGAAGCAGAGGAUUCAUCCAAUGAGUCAUCUGAGACAAAUUCAUCAGAGGAGGCAACCAUCCAUGUGCAGCAGCGAGGGGGGGCCCUCCAGUCAGCAUCUGAAGAGCAAACUGCAGCCAUUUCCAUAGAGGAGACCGAGUCUCCGGGUACUGUAGACAUGCUCCCCGCUAUAGACGCAAGCCCUUCUCCAGCCGAGCUCAAUGCUUCAGCCCUGCCAGACCUCAUGGACCCACAAACCUCCACUGACACAGGCACUCCACAGCCCAUGCAGGAUGAGGUCUCACAGACCACUGCAGGCACACUCAUAUUCCAGAACAUGCCCAGCACUGACCCUGUACUGGACUCUACCAUCGUUGACACGCAUGUUCAAAAAGAUUCAGAGGUCUCCCUCAACACAGGGCUUACAGAAACUCAUGGUACAAACCAGCCGCAAGUCACCACCACCACCACAUAUCAAGGACUCACCCCGGAUGCCACAGCCUUCUUUUCUCCACACAUCAACCCGUCUCCUCAACCGUUCUCCACGUCCCCACCAGUGUCAGUCCCCAUCAAGGGGACCGGUGUGACUGCUGUGCCUGUUUGCUUCACCGUGCAGUUUGCCACUUCUGAGCCCGAGCCAGUGAGAGGAGACAACAUGUGAGACCGACGACUAAACAGUUUGGUCUGUAUUGUUGGUGUAAAUCAUACUCUCAUGUUGUUUUGUUACAUCACCAUAUCAAAGUGAAAUAUCCUGACUACACUUGUGUUUUAUUUUCACUUCUCCUUUAUAAUGUUUAUUUUGUUGGUCAAAUUGUGCAUGUGUGAUGACUGCUAUAUGACACAGUGGAAACAUUUGUACUCUUGUAAAACUGUAACUGUCUUGCUCUGUGAUGACUCAAACGUGAACAAUGAGCAGCUGGAAAUAAAAAUGUGAUUUGAA